AUGGCAGCUUGGAUUGGUCAGAGGGCCCUGAGAAAUGUGGUCUCAGAUUCGGGAUGUUGUCCCAAGUUGGCGGCAGCAGCUGGAGCCCCCAUUUCGGUUCAGGGGCCUGCGCGGACCAUGAGACAUUUGGCUUCCCAUCGAUACUCUAGGCAGGAAAUGUCUGAUGUUCUAUCAGGAGUGGAGGAGUACAAGCAUUUUGUCCCUUGGUGCAAACAAUCAGAUAUAGUAUCAGAGAGAUCUGGAUACUGCAAAAUACGAUUAGAAGUUGGGUUUCCACUCUAUAUUGUAGCGCUAUUCAUGAGUAGUAACCGUGGCAAGACCACAAUUGGAAAGGCACUCUGUACCCAUGGGAAGCUUUUCAAUCACUUGGAGACUGUUUGGCAUUUUAGCCCAAGUCUUCCUGGUUACCCAAGAACUCGUACCUUGUGUUUUUCAAUUUCUUUUGAAUUUCGCUCACUUCUACACCCUCAGCUUGCCACAUUAUUUUUUGAUGAAAUUAUAAAGCAGAUGGUAGCUGCCUUUGAAAGAAGAGUAUGUAAGCUGUAUGUAUGGUCCAGAAACAUAUACCUCGGGAAUUAA